GCUUCAAUAGGCGCCAGAGCAUCGCCUCAUUCUACAACACAGGACCUCGAUUCUUCACACAUCUUGGCACAGAAGCGAUAUAUUUCCACAUUCUAAAUUCGUUUGCCUCGAAAUUAUAUUUAUUACCAGACGUCUCUGAUAAACGCAAAAAAAACAUCAACAAAUUCAAUCGUACAAGUUAAAGUAAACGAAACAUCAUAGUACAGAUGAAUAAACCUGAUUGUAAAUAUGGCACUGAAUGUUACCAGCAGAAUCCUGCUCAUAAAGAAAAGUUUGCUCAUCCUGUUAAAAAAGGAGCAGAAAGCUGUACAGUACAAGCGGUUACGUAUAACUCUAGUAACAUGGAUAUCAAGAAACGUUCAAUGGAAACCCUUAAUCAACAGCUGGAAGAUAUCAAACGUUACAAACGUCUCUCAUCUCCAGAAAAAGAUAGUUACUAUUCAGAAGGGAAAGACUCUAGCUACGAAUAUCAUGAUUCAACUCGCCAGCGUUAUGCUGUGCCAAAGGUGCCAAUGAGCAUUGGUAUAUUGCGCGAUAUGUAUGAUUCUCAAAUUGAAUUUUCCCAACAAGCCGAAUACGAGGAAUUGUGUAAUGAACCAAAAAAAUUCAUCAAACACAAAUUUCUUGUACAAAUGCCACCGUGCUUCGAAGAUCUGUGGCAGUUUUGCCAAGUACAAGCAUUGAAAACCCACAUAAAACCGGAAGAAACAUUUUUGCAGUUCGGACUUAAAUUGGUUGGGCCAUACGACGUACUCGCAGGAAAGUUUGACCGCGCGAAAGUUCACGAACCUGGAGAUUAUUUGCGCCAUUGGCGUUUUUUCUACGAUCCACCUGAAUUCCAGACGAUAAUCGUGCAACACAACUCUGGUGUACAUUACGGCUAUUGGAGAGAUAGUCCUGAUAACACGGAUGGUUUAGUGGCCUGGAACGAUAUUAAAAAAGGCUGCGAGUUUCUAAUUGUUGGUGAAAACAUUUUUGAUGCAAUAUUGCACUUCUUGGGAAACUAUGCAUCUGUGACGCCAUUCAACAAAAAAGAAAUAUCCGAUAUGAAAAAACUUACCAGCGAUUGGGCUCAGUCGAAAGGCAUUGCUUUAAAAUGCUGCGAUAAACAAAAGUCUCGCAAGACACAGAUAGUUAGUAAAACUUUCCACAAGGUUGGUCUGGUGGUUCCUUACGAUAGGAAGAACAACAUCGGAUAUAGACCUCUGCUAGAAAGUGACGAUAAACUUCGAGCCAUUCUUUCCAAAGUCGAAAAUCUUGAUCGUUUUCAAAAUAACUUCGAAUACCAAGAACUCAUGAGAGAAUUACAGCCCAUAAUGACCGCUGCAGAUUUGGCUACAGACGAGUGUGAUUUCGGAACGGUCCUUGAACUUGCAUUGGACUUCUUCUGCUCUGGUGUAAAAUGUCUACAUGAGGUCAUGAAGCCUCUUUUUUUUACCGGAUAUUCCAUGGUUAAUCGUCCUCAAUACAUCGCUAUCAUAAAGUCUCAUUUAGAUAACCGCAGAGAAGGAAUUAAUUUGGAUCUGCUCGCGGGUAAUUGAAAUACCCUAUUCAAAUACUCCACGUUGAGCUCCCUCCCUUUAAAACGCGGAGAGGUACAUUAAAGACACUGGAACUCAUAUUUGAUUUCGUUUCAUUUAUUUUUCUAUCUAUUGAUUAAACAAAGUUGCUUUUAACCUAACUUAAACUAUAAUGAUAAAACAUAGUUUGAGGAAAGUGAGGGAAAAAGAGGAAAAUUAGUAAGAAAAACAAAAUAAUCGGAUGAAGAAGAGGGUCAGCUAGAACUAGGCAGUGAUCGGAGUCAGUAUCUAAAUGACUGACGAAAUGCAAAAGUCAUACGAGUUAAGUGAUUCGUUAAUUUUUGGAUGCAUGCUACCCAACGGACACCAGCAAUCAGAGAUCCCUUGAAUAAGCGCUUGAAUAAGAACUUAAAUUGACGAAAUUAUUCGAGUGAUCCCGACCCGUCAAGACCCGAAGCCGAAGCAAAAGCCGAACGGAGGUCUGCACGAAUAUUCGUAUUGAUAGCCCCCUCCCCUUUUUUGCAGAUUUUCUUUCUGAAAUUACACUAUGCACAUCAACACAAUACGAUUUGUUGAAAAUAUGAAUAUUAAACGAACAAAAAUCAAAAUCACAUGCACUACAAACUCUGAACUUCAUUCCAAAUCAACGCACACUAUUAAAAAAAAAAACACUUUUUACACUCGCACAGUGAAUAAAAUCACAAAAUUGCCACAACAUUUACUGCUCUUCCUCACUGUUGCUCCUGGUUCCUCUCGCUGCAUUCUACGGGUCACCUACACCAAUACUACGACACAGACACAGAUGAUGAUGACCCACCUCUGACCCCUACAAAGGAUUGAGAUGUUCGAUGUAUCUUGCGAUAAUUUGGUAAAGCUACAAAUAUUCAAACGAGUAGAUGUUUGGGAGCUGAGCAAAGCAUAGAGGUAUGACGAGUUAUUAGCCCGAUCCUCACCAAUCUACCAAGCUCCGAACCCGGAGUCUACUGUACGCGCGCGUGUCUCAAUUCAAUGUAGUCUCAUUCUAUUAAUUUUUUUUUGUAUAUUUAUAGUUUUAAAACUUUGGUGCAUUUAGAAUGUAAAUUAGUUUUUAAAAAAUCAUCGCAUUUUAAAGGACAAAAGAAUGAAAAAAAAUCAUCAUCACCUAGAGUUGACAAUUGACAAUACAUUUAGACUACAUUAGUUCUAACAAAAUCAGAGCACAAUUUUCUAAACUCAGAUAACGAACCAGCAUUGAUGAUUUCCUGUGGCAUUCUAUUGUAAUACUGGAUACCUCUGUGAAACAAAGAAUUUCUGGCUCCUGCAGUCAUAUAGUUUGGCACUCUUGGAGCAUUAGCUCCCCGUGUGGGGUAAUUGUGAAUGUCUACUCCUCUCACAACUCUUUGCGUAAGAUAUGUAGGUAGACGUCUUUUUAUUAGAUUAUCAAUGAAUAUCAUUGUCUGAUACCUCACUCUCUGUUUUAUGGACAUCCAUUGUAAGACCAUUCGCAUUGUAACAGAAGAGGUAUAACGCCCACAAUCAAGGAUAGCCCGCAUUGCCUUAUUCUGCAGCCUUUGAAGUCGCGUGAACUGUGUUUCAGUCGCCAGAAACAAAAUCGAGGCACAAAAAUCUAGAUGAGGUCCAAUAAGUGAUAAGUAUAAUUGUAUCUUACCGCAACGGUUUACAUCCUUUCUCAGUCUGCAAAUAACUCCAACCUUUUUAGCCACCUUCUUUAUAACGUUGUCAAUAUGGUCCGUAAAUCUGAGUUUAUCGUCAACUAUCACUCCUAAAUAUUUUAUACUAGAUACAAUUUCUACAGAUACAUUAUUUAUUACUAAUUGAGUGGGUAGGCUAAAUAGUCUUCGACACACAACCAAGGCUUUAGUUUUCUCAGGAUUCAAUUUGAGUUUCUUAUGUUUCAGCCACCUAUCCAGUGAGUCUAGAUCCUGAUUGAGUUUCCUAAAAAUAUCACAAUGGUCAUUACCACUAGUGAAGAUGACUGUGUCAUCCGCAAAUAAAUUGAUGUCGCAAUGCUGUAAAACCCUUUUCAUAUCGUUAAUAUACAUUAAGAAAAGUAUUGGUCCUAGAACACUUCCCUGAGGUACUCCUAGGGUGUUCUCGACGGCACUUGAUAUUUUGUUGUUAAAUACAGUUCUCUGUGUUCUGUCUUGGAGAUAACUCUCGAACCAUCGUAGUUCGUUGCCUUUAAUGCCAAAACUCAUUAACACUUUUAAUAAUAGUGGCCUUGAAAUUGUUUCAAAGGCCCUUUUUAGGUCGAGGAAUACAGCAAUUGUAGUCUUUUUACCAUCAAAAGCUUCCUUCCAUUUUGCCAGCACUAGGUUAAGAGCCGAUUCGCAAGAAUGACCAACCCUAUAACCCGACUGUUCAGGUAUAAAUAAAUGAUUGCUGUUUAUAUAUUCUA